AUGAAAUACUGGAUCAAUGAUUCGAAGAUUUCAUUGAUGAUCACGAUUUUGAGAGUUAAGACCAAAAGAAUUAAAUCCACAAUCUAUCUUUUGGUAGGCCUACUGGUUCGCUCUGCCGUCAGCCACGGUAUCGCAAAUACGGUCGGGAGUUGGAUUGUUGGAAACCCUAGCAGUGCAGCCGUCAAAAAAGUGGCGGAAAAAAUUCUUGAGAUUUUUGACGAUUCGAACACUUUUGGCUUAGCUAAAAGGCUUCGUGAUGUUCUAUUUGUUAAAACUCAGAUCGUUUCUGGAAUGUACUACGACUUAAUACUGGAUGUUGGCCUGCUGAAUUGUACGUAUGCACAGGCUGCCACCAAUGCAAACUGCAAAGUUACAAAGCCCUGGACGAGCACCGAACAAAUCACCAGAUAUAAAUGCUGGGAAUUCAUGUCUUCCUUGUCAGUGGCCUGCCCGCCCUAA